AUGAUUCUUUCUUUCUUUCUUUCUUUCUUUCUCGGUCUGUUCAUAUCUAUCUCUGUCUUUUAUCUCAUUUUUCUUUAUCUAUCUAUCUAUCUAUCUAUCUAUCUAUCUAUCUAUCUAUCUAUCUAUCUAUAUUCAAAUCUACCUAGUAUUUUUUAUUUAUCACAGUUUAUUCAAAUCUAUCUAUCUAUCUAUCUAUCUAUCUAUCUAUCUAUCUAUCUAUCUAUCUAUCUAUCUGUCUAUCUUUUAUCUCAUUUUUCUUUAUCUAUCUAUGUAUCUAUCUAUCUAUCUAUGUGGCAAUUUUUAAUACCUAAGACAGAUUUUCUUUCUUUCUUUCUCUGUCUAUUCAUGUCUAUCUUUUAUCUUAUUUUUCUUUAUCUAUCUAUCUAUCUAUCUAUCUAUCUAUCUAUCUAUCUAUCUAUCUAUCUAUCUAUCUAUGUGUAUUUUUUAUUUAUCACAGUUUAUUCAAAUCUAUCUAUCUAUCUAUCUAUCUAUCUAUCUAUCUAUCUAUCUAUCUAUCUAUCUAUCUUUUAUCUGUCUAUUUUUUCUUUUAUCUAUCUAUGUAUCUAUCUAUCUAUCUAUGUGGCAAUUUUAAUACCUAAGACAGAUUUUCUUUCUUUCUUUCUCUGUCUAUUCAUGUCUAUCUUUUAUCUCAUUUUUCUUUAUCUAUCUAUCUAUCUAUCUAUCUAUCUAUCUAUCUAUCUAUCUAUCUAUCUAUCUAUCUAUGUGGUAAUUUUUAAUAUAUGCACGAAGAAGGCCACGUAUUUGCUUUCGGUUAUAAAUCAAUCUGCCUCCAGUUUGCGAGAUACGUAA